AGCUCUUCCAUCGAAUGCAGAACUGCUCCUCAAACCUUUCCACCCAUGGCUGGAUGUGUCCCAAAAAUAAACAACAGAAAGCCCCUUGACCCUGGCUUCUUGGUACACCCCUGAAUUUUUGGAAAUGCAGCCUGAGUGGGCGGCAGGCAGAGGAUAAAUGGCAGCGAGGAGAGAGCCACAGGCACAGCACGGCCAGCGAGCAGGGCGGCAUAGGGCACGAAGGAACAGCCAGCACAAAGCCACCAUGCUCCCUGCAAGGACUGUCCUGCUGCUCACCCUGCUGCUCACCUUCUCCCUGCACCACGCCACAGCCCACUUUGCACCAGUGGAAUGCUGCUUUCAGUAUGCACAGAAACGCAUCCGGCACCCUCAAAGCUUCUACGAGACAUCCAAGGACUGCCCCAAGCCUGCAGUUGUGAUUGUGGCUGCCAAUGGUGAUGAGAUCUGUGCUGACCCCAAGAAGGACUGGGUGAAUAAAAUCAUGAAACGGCUUCAGAACAAAAACUCAGAUCCAUCCACCAUCUGACCUGCCCAUCCCAUUCAGUCUUCCUGUCUCCCGAGGGAGCCAACCGUGCUGGCAGCUCUUCCCCAGGGGGUGCUGUGGCCGCGGGGUCACUGCAGGAGGAGCCAUCAGGAUCAGGUGUCACCGUGCCAUGGACCUGCCGUCUCCCGAGCUCCUCCUGCUGUCACUGCCCUGCCAAGAUGUGCCUCUGGAACCAAUAUUUAUAAUAAAGACUUACUGCCACAA